CCGGCUCCGGAUCUACCGCGUGUCGGCCUUGAACUCUAGUCACAGUGCGAGUUUGACCUUGACGAGCUUCUCUGUCAAGGCUGGCAGGAUAAAAAAUAGACACGUAGAAAGUCCACUCAUCGAAGUGAAUUAGUAUAAAUUAACAUUGAACUUUGGGCGCGACUCGCCGGUAGCCAUGAGGAAACGAAGAAGCAAUUAAUAUCACGACAAGAGACCAUAUGCCUAGAAAAUGGAAGAAAAAACUUCAAGACUACGUCCUUACGUGGACUGGGAUAAUGAAGAUAAAUACUCAGUAGCGAACAGUCAAGCGCCGUUGCAGGGCGGCGAAGACGAGCACUCAGAGCGCGGAAACUGGACGGGAAGAUACGAUUUUCUUUUGUCUCUUCUGGGAUACAGUGUGGGCCUGGGAAAUGUCUGGAGAUUCCCGUAUCUUUGUUACUCGAACGGCGGCGGUGCUUUUUUGAUACCGUUUACAGUGAUGCUCAUCAUUGCCGGAUUGCCUCUUAUGUUCAUGGAGCUUUCCUUAGGACAAUACGCUAGUCUCGGACCAGUGGCGGCUUACAAGCAGUUUUGUCCUCUGCUUCGUGGCUUAGGAUACGGAAUGGUCCUCGUCAGUUCCGUCGUCAUGCUCUAUUAUAACUUAAUCAUUGCCUGGACGCUGUAUUACAUGUUUGCCUCUGUCGUUGGUGGUUGGGAAUUGCCCUGGAGCAAAUGCGAGAAGGAGUGGAGCACCGAGGAUUGCUUCAUGCCGGACGCUGCCGAGGCUUGUGUCUCUCAAAACGAUUCUUACUUCAAAGGAAAAUGCCUUAAUUCAAGUCAAAUGACGUCGAUGGGCCUGAUUAUCGAGAACAUAACCGGCGCUAUCAGAAGACCGCCUGCCGAGGAAUAUUUUCACAAUCAUGUUUUGGGAAUCAGCAGUGGGAUCGAGGAAACUGGAUCGAUUCGACCGUCCUUGGCGACCUGCCUCUUCCUGGCGUGGAUCAUUGUGUUUUUUUGUCUAAGCAAAGGCGUACAAAGCUCAGGCAAAGUUGUAUACUUCACCGCACUCUUUCCAUAUGUUGUCCUGAUUGUUCUUUUUAUUCGUGGAAUUUUACUUCCUGGUGCUAACGAGGGUGUACUCUUCUAUCUGACUCCCGACUGGAGAAGACUGACAUCCGCCAAAGUAUGGGGAGACGCCGCUGUUCAGAUCUUUUUCGCUUUGAGUCCAGCCUGGGGAGGCCUGAUCACUUUGAGUUCAUAUAACAAGUUCACCAACAACUGCUACAAGGACUCUCUAAUCGUGGCGAUCAGCAACAUUGGGACUUCCUUCUUCGCCGGCCUGGUGAUCUUCUCGGUAAUCGGUUUCCUUGCUCACGAGCUUGAUGUACCGGUGGCGUCAGUGGUAGACGAAGGCGCUGGUUUAGCAUUUAUUGUGUAUCCUGAGGUUGUGGCUCGUCUGCCGGUUGCGCCCGUCUGGUCGCUGCUGUUCUUCAUCAUGCUGCUUACUCUGGGCCUCGAUUCACAGUUUGCUCUCAUGGAGACCGUCACCACGGCGAUACUCGACGGUGUUCCAUCGUUGAGAAGCUAUAAAGUCUGGGUUGUUUUUGGAGUUGCGGUACUCGGCUACGUCGGUGGCAUCAUUUUCACCAGUAACGCUGGCAUGUACUGGCUGCAGUUAAUGGAUAAAUACGCGGCCAAUUGGUCCGUCCUGCUGAUCGCCAUAAGCGAAUGUAUCCUCGUGGCAUGGGUGUACGGUGCGGAUCGCUUUCUGAACGACGUUCAACAGAUGAUCGGGCCCCGAGGCCGUGUAUGGAGAUUCUUCUGGACAUGGAUGUGGAAGCUCGUCACGCCCGCAGCCCUGUUCUUUAUUCUCUGUUUUAAUUGGGUGGAGUACGAGCCACUCAGAUAUGGAGCUUACAUUUAUCCGAAAUGGGCGGACGUAUUAGGCUGGGUUAUCAGUAUGCUUCCCGUUUUAGUAAUUGUCGGAUUAGCUAUAGAUCAGCUGAAGGGACGGCGUCGGCGAUCACCUUACGAUGAUGAUGAUGAAGAUGACGAGGACGUUGACGAUGACGAUGACGACGACGACGACGACGAUGACGACGACGACGAGGACGAUGACGGAUCUUGCAAAAAAGGGAAGAAAGAAAAGGGCAAGAGUAAAAGUAAGAAUGUGUGGAACCACAUAAAGAUAUUGUUGCAGCCAACAUCCAAGUGGGGUCCGGCGUCACGCAAUUCUAUGACACCUUCCAGAACUCUGAUAACUUCGUUAGCAACCACGGGAGGAUACGACUCGGUGCGGGAUACGAUUAUCCUAGUAAACGGUCAGCCAAUGAUGGUGCAACCACCCAGUGUCAUUCCAACUGCUCAGAAGCUUCCCGGACCAUCGAUUCUUAAGAAUUCUAGUAAAACUGAUCUGAUUACUUCGCAGCAAGUCUGACACGACACGUUUGUUUUAUGUCCGAUGACGAGUCCUUAGAAGAACGAUGCUGAGGACACAAUGUGCCCAACGUAAAGUAAGUCUCUGAUAUGAACAAGCAUUCUCAUAAUGUCGGCAAUUGUACAUUGUCAAUGGCGUGAGUUAUUUUAUUUUAUUAUUCGAUUCGAUUUACGAGAACCAUUAAAUUUUGGAUUUUCGUAAAUUCGAAUUUUAUCGAAAAUUAUAACUUUCAUCAUUGGGUAUGAUUUUCAAUUAAUUGCGUUCAAGAAAUGGAGGAAAGUACUUUUUACUAACUAUAUAUAUACAGUCUAUUAAUAUUUAAAAUUUUUUAUUCUUUUGCGAUGAAUUAAAAUUGCAAUAUUUUUAUAAUAAAUGAGCUGAGAAACGUUUAUCAAAUAAGUCCUCGACAUUGAUAGAGAAGCUUAAAUAAAUAGUCAAUAUUAAAAUUUUAAUGGCCAAGAAAUGUUGCAUAAUGAAAAGAAGUUGGAGAGGAUUAUAAAAAGUGAUAUAGAAAGUAUUAUUUUUUAAAGAUCGAUGAUAUCUUGUGUCCUCCAAAUAUAAUGAGAGGUAUCACACACAAAAGAAUACACAAUAGAAAAAUAUUUAUUUUUGAAAAUUGUUUGAUUAUUUUUAUUGUGAAAGAAAAUAUAAAUAUAUGUAUAGUUUAUGCGCGAGAAUAUGUUUAUAAUAAGUAUUUAGCAAAUAGAACAAAAAAUUGAAGAAGAGUGAGCAGUAUAAAGAUAGAAAGAAGCUGAAAUAUACUUUAUGCAUAUCUAAUAUCAAUCUCUCUUGGAGAUAUUGUAGGUAUAUUUUGUCGUAGGUAAAUACUAUAUGGAUAUAUUUUAUAGAUAUAUCGUCUAAAGAGAUUCUCAAAUAUUUAUAGAUCUCUUUGACGUGCAAAGACAUUCAGGGAAUAGAUUAGAUAAUUUGGAUACGCUGAAGAAAAUGAUAACGAGAAAUAAACAAGGAAAAUCGCGAAACCUGUUAUAACUAGCGAAUUUAUGGGAAAGGAUAGUAUAGAUUUGUUGACGAGUAGUAACGUAUAAUGGGAAAUCCCUCGCGAUCUUUCAUUUUUAUGGAAAGUAUUUCUUGAACAAUUUUAAGCGAUAAUCUAGCAGAAUAUCACAACCUAUCACAAUUAAAAAGAAACUACUGAUGCCUUGACAAUUUUUUCAAUGAAAACUUGACUCUGGAGUAAAUGAAAAACUUUGUAAACAAGGAGAGUGGCCUUAGUUCUCUGAAAGAAAUUUGCUUAUGAAGACACAAAUAUUUAUAUGCCAAUUAUCCAAGCGUGUCUUGCUUGAAAUAGUCUUCACCCUUUGCCGCGUGACAUGCCAUGUCAGAAAGUCAGUAUCCUAAACUUUCGCACUUUCAUUUUUAGUGCGAGGGUAUUUUUGAAACUUGUUUGAAUCUUACAAACUAAGCAGCUCAUAAGUCGCUCGACACCUAUAAAUUGGUGUACUAAAGACAAAUUGGAAAUUAAAAACCUUUAUUUGUAAUUAGAAUAAACGGUAACUGCAAAGUUAGGAAUCCAAAGACUUUAAGGGUAGGAAUAAUAGCAAUUUAAAUGACUCGAAGAUUAAAACAAUCGGAGACGACUUUUAAACCAUUGCGAAUGCACGGUUUGUAAUCUGGUUGUAGUAUCGAAUACUGUUGUGACUGUACCUUAAAUAUUAGCCAGCAUGAAAUGAGAAAGUGAAAUAAGAAAAAUGUAUUUUAGUAAAUCGCGUUUUAAGAUCGCGGAAUUUAUAUAUAUAUAUAUAUAUAUA